GCCAGCUUCUGAUCGUUAGCAGUCUGUUGACUCCCAUGAAAACCUCAAAGGCAUCCCAGCGCUAUAGAGGCAUCCGGAGAAAUGCCAGUCAGUGCUACCUCUACCAGGAAUCUCUGCUGCUCAGCAACUUGGAUGACAGCUUUAGUGCUGAUGAAACAGGGGACAGCAAUGAUCCAGAACAAAUCUUCCAGAAUAUACAGUUCCAGAAAGAUCUCAUGGCAAACAUUCGCUGCAGACCCUGGACUAUGGGACAGAAGCUGAGGGCAUUGAGACGAGCGAAGGACAUUGUACUAAAGUUCGAAGGGAGGCUGACCAGGACCCGAGGCUACCAAGCAGCAGGUGCAGAGCUCUGGCGGAAAUUUGCUCGUCUCGCCUGUAACUUUGUGGUCAUCUUCAUUCCCUGGGAAAUGAGGAUAAAGAAAAUUGAGAGUCAUUUUGGAUCUGGCGUUGCCUCCUAUUUCAUAUUCUUGAGAUGGUUAUUUGGAAUUAAUAUUGUGCUCACCAUUAUGACAGGUGCUUUUAUUGUCAUUCCAGAGCUGAUUGCAGGCCAGCCCUUUGGAAGCACGGCCAGAAAGACCAUCCCCAAGGAGCAGGUUUCAUCAGCCCAAGACCUGGACACCGUCUGGUCUCUGGGGGGCUACCUCCAGUACUCAGUCCUCUUCUACGGAUACUAUGGCAGGGAGAGGAAGAUCGGGAGAGCUGGCUACCGGCUGCCCUUGGCAUAUUUCCUAGUGGGGAUGGCAGUGUUUGCUUACAGCUUCAUCAUUCUUUUAAAAAAGAUGGCUAAGAACUCCCGCAUGAGCCUUGCCAGUGCUUCCAAUGAAAACUACACCUUCUGCUGGCGGGUGUUCUGUGCCUGGGAUUACCUCAUUGGAAACCCAGAGGCUGCAGAGAGCAAAACAGCUGCCAUCGUGAACAGCAUCAGGGAAGCUAUACUGGAAGAACAGGAGAAAAAGAAAAGCAAAAACCUGGCAGUGACCAUCUGCCUGAGGAUUAUUGCCAACAUCCUGGUGCUUCUCUCAUUGGCUGGAAGCAUUUAUCUCAUCUACUUUGUGGUGGACCGGUCCCAGAAGCUGGAGCAGUCGAAGAAGGAGCUGACACUUUGGGAAAAGAAUGAGGUCAGUGUGGUGGUCUCCCUCGUCACCAUGAUAGCACCAUCAGCCUUUGACCUCAUUGCUGCCUUAGAGAUGUACCACCCCAGGACCACGCUGCGCUUCCAGCUUGCAAGGGUCCUUGUGCUGUAUCUGGGAAAUCUCUACAGCCUGAUCAUUGCUCUCCUGGACAAGGUUAACAGCAUGAGCAUUGAGGAAAUGGCUACCAAAAAUAACACAAGUCAUUGGAUAGAUUCUACCACCUUCUUUGCAACCAGGACAGCCCCUGAAGAAGAGAAAUGGUCCACAUCUCGGCCUGGAAUGGGGCUCAGGAGAAACAGCACAUGGGCCUUGGAAGAGACCAGCAUUUCAGCUUACACCAUGCCUCUCAUAAAGGCGAACAGGACUAGCCUCUACCCUCAGAGUCCACAAGACCAGUGCUGGGAGACAUACGUCGGUCAGGAGAUGCUGAAGCUCUCCAUCAUUGACAUGCUCUUCACCGUGGCGAGCAUUCUGCUCAUAGACUUCUUCCGAGGACUUUUCGUGCGGUACUUAAGUGACUACUGGUGUUGGGAUCUGGAAAACAAGUUUCCUGAAUAUGGAGAAUUCAAAAUAGCUGAGAAUGUGCUACAUUUAGUCUACAACCAAGGAAUGAUUUGGAUGGGGGCCUUCUUCUCCCCAUGUCUCCCAGCAUUCAACGUUCUCAAACUCAUUGGGCUCAUGUACCUGAGGAGCUGGGCUGUGCUGACCUGCAAUGUGCCCCACCAGCAAGUAUUUCGAGCCUCAAGAUCCAACAACUUCUACUUGUCAAUGCUCCUGUUCAUGCUGUUUCUGUGCAUGCUGCCAACUAUUUUUGCUAUUGUCCGAUACAAGCCAUCUCUAAACUGUGGGCCAUUCAGUGGACAAGAGAAAAUUUAUGACAUUGUGUCAGAAACGAUUGAGAAAGACUUUCCCGUGUGGUUUGGCUCCGUGGUUGGGCACAUCAGUAGCCCCGUGGUCAUCCUGCCUGGGGUACUCCUGCUUUUCAUGCUCAUCUAUUAUCUCCAGAGCAUCGCACGGUCGCUAAAGCUCAGCAACCACCAGCUCAAAAUGCAGAUCCAAAAUGCAAGAUCAGAGGAUAAGAAAAAGGUUGCCCAGAUGGUAGAAGCCCGAAUCCAGACCCAGGAAGAAAGCACCAAGAAGCUUCCAAACAACAGUGAUCUUACCAGCCAGCUGUCCUCUGCGCACUCGGGCACACCCCAAAACAACGGCAACGUGGUCCAUUUUGACUCAGGGAGCAGCAAGGGUGGCAGGAUAGAGACAGUCGCACAGUCCAUGCCCCAGAGCCCCAGGCCAGGGGACAGGGCUCCUAGCUCACCUCUCCCUGGGGUCUCCAAAUCCAGGCUAGAGCAUGAAACUAACAGGUAUCUGCGUGGUCUGUGUGCAAGCACCAGCGACCUUCACAGGAACAGAUCGCGCACACCUAUGACAUUUACAAAGCACAUCGAAGAUGUACACUCAGAACCUCUUUUCCGAAAAGACUUUCAGCAAAUGAACCCACCUCACCGUGGACCAGAGGCCUCGACUUUGGUGACACAGGGUCCCAAGCCCCACACCCCCAGAUACUAUGUCGUUAAUGAACGUGACUCUUACAAGAAAAAACAUCUAAAUGUCUGGCCAGAAAGACAUUUCAAGAUAGAUGCUUCAGGUGACAUUGUGGAGCUGUACCCUAGGAACAUGCAACAAUAUGCAUCCUGGGUCCCCUGCCAGCCUCCCUCCCCACAGCUGAGUGAAGAAGAGGAAGAGACGCCAAGGAGAGACUGGAUCAAACAGUCUCUUCCCCCACGCUCUCUGAUAGACCUCCGUCAGGCUCCUCAUUUUUAUAUUGGGGAGAGGUCCGAAAGUCAGAACCUGGCUCCCAAGCACCAGGGGAGGGUGCACUACAAGUUGUGGAAGGAAGAUUUUGAGGGUCACCUUGAGAGGCCAGCCUAUGUGCCCAAAAAGCCACGAUCCCGGAAUUUCCAAUACCCACAGCCCCCUCUGAAGCCCAGAGGGAAGCCCAGGUUUGAGCCAUCCCUCACGGAAUCUGACUCCGUGUCGGCAGCAUCCAGCAGUGACCAGCAGAACAGCAGUGCUGACCAGUACCUGCAGGUCACCCACAGCCAGGGCAGGUUCCCGAGGUCCGUGGGCCAGCCCAGCAGGAGGAAGGCCAAGUCAGGGCAGGAGCUGACCAUGGAUCUGGAUGACUUGAUUUGUUCAAAUGUCUAGGCUUCCUCCAGUGUCCGGUUCCUAGAGGUCAGGCCCCUAUUGGAGUGCUGGGCCAGCACAUGGCAUCUCCCUUUCUGGAAAAAGAGGUGAACACGUGUGUUAGAGACCUGAGGGGCAUGGCCAGCCGCUGCUAGCUGAGGCUCUGAGGCUGACAGGGCUACAGGUACCUAUUCUACAGCUACUGUUAGCCAAAUGUAUCCGAGUUAG